CUACAACGUUACCGUCCAUAUUCGACUUGCGUACUGUUUGGACCGCACACUUAGCAGCUGGUAUCGCCAUCGCAGUAUCAUUGCGACAACCUUGGAUUUACUAUGGCCCACGACCAGGGCAUGUUCUCGGUCCAACGACCGCGCCAGACACUAGGACCGAUGAACAACAACAUCUCUUCCGCGAUUCCCAUGCCCUCGUCAGCGAUGAAGCGCUCGAGCUCCGUACACCAGAUGCAGCAGGGCUCGCAGUUCGGCGCAAACAACCAUGCGCGCUCCCAAUCUGGAGGGCGCAUGUCGCUCGCACCAGGACGACCGAGCCAGCCGCUCUUUGCGCGCUCGUCGUCCGGCACAAACCUCGCUGAAGGGUUUCCGUCAGUGCAGCGCCAGUCCAUGGGCGCCUUUGGCGGAGCCAGCAGCGGGAGAAAGAGCUUUGCGCCUGGCGCGUCGCUCUUCCAGACACCAGCACCGCCUGCCGGGCCAGACUUCGAGCAAAGCGCACAGCGACGAAGCAGCGUCUUCAAGGCGCGCACAUCACACGCCGGCGGCCAAUCAGGUGUCAAGCAGUCUUUCUUCCAGCAAGCGCCCAUGCCUGCGGCGCCCCCAGCAGACCCUCGAAGACUGAAGGAUCCCAACACGCGGCAGACAAUGUCCGGCGAACUACUUCAGUUCCUCACACACAACAACUUCGAGAUGGAGUCGAAACACGUUCUGUCAAACAAGGCCAUGACCUCACCCACACAGAAGGAUUUCAACAGCAUGUUCCAGUGGCUGUACAACAAGAUCGACCCAAGCUACCGAUUUCAGAAGUCGAUCGACCAGGAGGUCCCAGUACUGCUCAAGCAGCUACGCUACCCCUUUGAGAAGUCCAUUAUGAAGUCGCAGAUCGCGGCUGUCGGUGGCAACAACUGGCCAACGUUCUUGGGUCUGCUUCACUGGAUGAUGCAGCUUGUGGUUCUGUGCCAGAGAUACGAGUCUGGAAGCUACGACGAGGCUUGUUUCGAAGCUGGCUUUGAUGUUUCUGGCGACCGCAUCAUCUUCGACUUCCUCACAGACGCAUAUAGCACAUGGCUGGCAGCGGACGAUGAAGAGGACGACGAGGAGGCCCAAGAUCGACACAUGCAGCCUCACAUCCAGAACAUGGCGGCCAAGUUUGAAGCGGCGAACUCGCAACACCACGACCAGGUCAAGAUGCUCGAGGCAGAGCACAAGCUGCUCCAAGACCAGAUCGAUGAGCUGAGCAAAGCAGGGCCCAGGAUUGCAAAGUAUGAGGAACAGAACAAGGUUCUCGGAGACGACAAAGUGAAGUUUGAGAGCUACAACGCGAACAUGGAGCUUAAGGUCAACAAGUACACCGAUCGCUGCGAGUUCUAUGAGAAGAAUAUUGAAGAGCUCGAGGCCGAGCUCGAAGCAGCCGAGAAAGAGCAAGCAGAACUCCAGGCCAUCAUCGACGGCCGCGGAAUGACCAUUAACGACAUCGACCGCAUGGCCGCCGAGAAGGACCGCCUCGACAACGCGCUCCAGGGCACAUCCGCCCGCCUCGAAGAAUCCAAGAAGCGCGUCGCAGAGAAGGAACUACAAGCCUCCAAGAAACUCGACGAACUCGAGCAAACAAUCGAGCGCUACAACAACCUAGGCUACCAAAUCGGCGUCAUCCCCUCCACCGCCGUCAACGCAAAGGGCCAGGACUACGAACUCGUCCUCACCAUAACCGACGGCCCAAACUUCUCUGGCUCACAGAUGGGCUCUUCCUCCCAAGAACCCUCCGACCGCCUCCUCCAGGACUCCAGCACCGGCUACUCCCCCGCACACCUCCUCAACCUCGACCUCAAAGGCACCAUUAAAUCCAACAUCCUCAUCCUGCGCAAAGAAAUCGCCGAGCGCCGCAACGCCGCCCUCGAAGCAGACAUGAACAACCACGACCUGCUCGACAAGAUCAAAGAAGCCAUGGACGACAAGGUCGCCGAGGUCGAAGCGCUGGGACACCGUGUUGCGCAGGCGGAAGAAGAGCUCGAGAAGCUGAGGGAGAUUACGAAUACGCAGAAGAGCCAGAGUGAUGCGCAGAUUGAGCGUAUGGAGAAGGAGUUGGGCCGCAUGAGGAGCGGGUUGGGUGAGAGUGUGCAGUUGAUGGUACAGAGGGAGAUGGCUGUUAAUAUUGAGUACGAACAACUCCAGCUCCGCGCCAAUUCGCUGCGCGAAGAACUGCACACGGAGAUUGAGCGCAUGCUCGAUGACAUUGUGCGCUUCAAGCUGCACGUCCAGCGCUCGCUUGAGGAGUACGAGCAGUUCAUUGCCGACGAGGUCGAGCGAAGCUGCGAGGAACAGGAUCUGCUUGCGCAGGCCGAAGAGGGUGAGCAAGAAGAUGAGGAGAUGGGUGACGCCGAGUAAAUACGGGUAGUAAAUACGGGUGAGAAGACGAUGGCGAUGAUGUUACGAUGGAAGGCGUUGGUGGAUCUCUUUUGAACCCCCGGAGUUUGUUUGCUACUCGACGCAUGUUGCUACCCAUGGUAGACUUGUUGUCAUUGGAGUUUGAGGAGUUGGAUACGACUUCGACGCUUCUUAGAUACCUUUGCG